AUGUCGGCCCCCUUGGUUAAAGUCCUGCAUCGCCUGCAGGAACUCUUCCAGAAUGUGGUGGCCGCCCUAGAAACCAUGAUUCUGCUCCCAUCACUUUUUCGCGGACUCGGUCGCCGAAGGCGCAAGCCAUUUCUCGGCACUCACUGGCACCGUCGCUCGCUCGACAGCUUCGUCGAGGAAGUCGACACCCUUUUCUCCGUGCCACUUUCCACAAGCACCAUGAUCGACAUGUCAGAGAAGAUUCGCGCGCAGUUUCGCCAUUGUCUGCAGAAUAGUCCCGUCUGCAUGCUCCCAUCAUACACAACCACUUUGCCCACAGGCUCCGAGAAGGGUACAUACUUAGCUUUGGAUGUCGGGGGAUCGACGUUCCGGGUAGCUUUGAUUAAGUUAAACGGGCGCGAGGAGGAAAUGGAGAUCGUGCGGGUGUCUUCGCGGUACAUCGACAACAGCGUGAAAUUGCUGGAGGGGACUCAAUUCUUUGACUGGAUGGCUUCAGGGAUUGACACAAUGCUCAAGGAUGUAGGAGCUGACUACGGACGCGGGGAUGUUGCGCUGCCAAUAGGAUUAUCCUGGUCAUUCCCUAUCGAUCAGACAUCGAUCAGCAGCGGGCUAGUGAUCCACAUGGGGAAAGGCUUCCACUGCUCAAACGGUACUGUCGGUCAGGAGUUGGGUCAACUCCUGAUUGAGUCCUGCCGUAAGCGUAAUUUGAACGUCCAGAUGGCUGCUAUCGUAAACGACAGUUCCGCUGCUCUACUCUCGCGCGCAUAUGUCGAUUCCAAGACGCGCAUGUCUCUUAUUUUGGGCACGGGUACCAACAUGGCCAUCCAUUUCCCCGUCCACGAUAUCGGCCGCAGCAAGUUUGGCGUGCGUCCAGAUGGGUGGUUCGAUUACGCAAAGAACGUCAUUAUCAACAGCGAGAUGAGCAUGUUCGGAGGUGGAGUUUUGCCCAUGACUCGCUGGGACGACGUGUUGAAUCGCACCCACAUGCGUCCCGACUACCAACCGCUGGAGUACAUGAUCACAGGACGGUAUUUGGGCGAAAUCGUGCGCUUGAUUAUCGUAGAAGCCGUCGAGACUGCUAGCCUCUUCGGUGGUCAACUGCCCCACUCCAUGCGCGAGCCCUAUUCCCUCGACACCAGUAUUGUCGCUUUUAUCGAAGAAGACUCUUCAACCUCCCUAUCCAGCUCCGCUGCCUUCCUACAGAAGCAGCAUAUCUUCCCCGCCACACCCUCUGUUGACGAUCUGCGUUUCCUCCGCCGCGUAUGCCAAGUUGUUUCCCGCCGUGCUGCGGCCUACCUGGCCACCGGUAUCCACAGCAUGUGGUGUCUGCUCAACGAGGCCGAAUUCCCAGAACAAUCAUCCAUUGCCAAUUUACUGAUCAAGGAAUCGCCCGAGGUCAUUGUUACUGAGAGCGAUACCGCCAAGAACGUUUCUAUAGCUUGCGACGGCACUGUCAUUAACAAGUACCCUGGCUUCCGCGAUACCUGCCAAGGCUAUCUCGAUCGACUCUCAGCGCACUCACAUCCCAACUCCGGCUCCGCAAUCCGUCUAGAAUCGGCCCACGAAAGCGCUAUCCUAGGAGCAGCCGUUGCAGUGGCCGUCGCCGUGGCCGAAGAAUAA